GUAGAAUGUUUAAAUCAAUAAAACGCGUUUACACUACGAGCGCAUUAAAAUAUUCAAAAUCAAUAUCAGAAAGACAUGUUUAUUAAAUUAUAAUAAAGCAAUUAACGCGCCUGAUCUGGAUUAACUUCAAAGGCUGAAGCUGAUCAGAAUAUUUUAAUGCACUUCUGCUCAGAUUACAGCCAAUAGGUCAGAUAUUACGAUAUCAAAUCUGAACCUUUAAAACAAGAAAAACUAUGGGUGGUGCUGUCAGCUCACUAAGAGACCUCGACACCGUCACUAAAAGACUUGUCCAUCUGUCAGAGAAUGACCCUAACAAAGAAAUCUUUGUCUUCUACACCUCUGGACUUCGUGAGGCCUACACUGCCAGACAACUCUACACCUUGGCUGGGAGGUUUGCAUUCAGGUUACGCCAGCGUGGCUUCCAGAAAGGGGACGUCAUCGCCAACACUCUGAGCAAUUCCCCGGAGCGUGCGGUGACAGACAUUGGUAUAAUGUUAGCAGGAUGUGUCACAAUGAACAUACAGCUUCUUCUGGCCGAUGGUUCUGAUUUUCGUCUUUUGGCCCAAAACAGCAAAUGUCGUGCAGUGAUUAUGUCUCCAUGGAAGCAAGGAUCAGCAUGGAAACUAAUGAAUCCAUUCUUCUCUGGCAAAUCAGACCAAGGCUUCGUUGACAUUCAUAUUGAUAACAUCCCGGAUCUGACGUCAGCUAUUCUGGUUGGUAGGACUAAGAAUGGGUAAGAUGAAACUCUUUAUGUAUGUCUUGAAUCUUGGGAUAGAAUGUUAUCUGUAGACAUUGAUAUUUUUAGAACGGACACUGAAAAGAUUUUUCGAUACGAUUCAAGAAAAUACUACAUAUGGGGAUUAUCUCCUAUGACAAAAAAACAACUACAACUACAAUUUGCUUGCUAUUUGGUGAAUCUGAUGUACAGAAUGUAAGAA